AUGACUUCGCCUUGCAUCAAGGAAGUCUCUAGAGCCUGUUUCAGACGUUGCUGCCCCACUCAAGUACUCGGGCUGCCCGAGAAACAGAAUCCCGAACAAGGGAUUUCACCUUCCAGGUAUGAUUUCAUUGCUGCAACAGCCUUUUCGCUUCCUCCAAAUGCUCAAUUCACUAACCAUGAAUCAUUACCCGACCUCGAACGAUCGUUUUCCACCAUGAAAAAAGCUUACCCUCACUACCCGGAGACUGACCGAGCUGACCGAAUCCGGAGUCACGAAUUCUAUCACCUCUCCAACAAUAACCAUAUUACGCAUGGUGGUCAAGAACAGGAAUUUGAAUCGGUUAUUAAAGAAAGGAUUUUUAGGUUUAUGAAUAUUUCAUCGGAUGAUUACUCUUUGGUUUUUACAGCUAACCAGUCAUCGGCAUUCAAAGUGUUGGCAGAUAAUUACCCUUUUCAUACAAAUCGUAAUCUCUUGACUGUAUAUGACCAUGAAAACGAAGCUGUGGAAACCAUGAUUGAGAGUUGUAAGAAAAGGUCAGGGCGAGUUGACUCGGCCCUGUUCUCGUGGCCUAACAUGAGAAUCCAAUCGAAACGACUCAGAAAAUCGGUUUCGGUUGCGGAUAAAAACAAAAAGAAAAAGAAAAAAAAGGGACUUUUCGUUUUCCCGCUUCAAUCUAAAGUUACGGGAACUCGAUACUCGUAUCUAUGGAUGAGUUUAGCUCAAGAAAACGGGUGGCAUGUUUGUCUUGAUGCCAAUGCAUUUGGAGCAAAAGACAUGGAGACAUUAGGACUCUCUCUUUUCCACCCAGAUUUCUUAAUCUGUUCAUUUUACAAGAUUUUUGGAGAAAACCCAUCUGGAUUCGGGUGUCUUUUUGUUAAAAAAGCAAGAUCAACGAUUCUCAAUAACUCAUCUACAACCACAGGAUUGGUUAACAUUGUUCAAGCUUCUAACCGACCUCUGUUUCUCCAACAAUCCGGGAGUCUCAAUACAACCGGAAAACGAGAAGACAUAGCCAUGGCAAGCUCAAGCUCCAGCUCCAGUUCAUCACUCUCCAAUCAAGAAACCUUCGAAAUACAAGAAAUCAAAGAAAUUAAUAAAGAAAAGACGGAAUUGUCCUUUUCCGAACUCUUGAAAUUAGACAAAUCUGUCGACAAAAACGAAGCAAGCACCAGUGGGGUUACCUCAGAUAUCGAGUUUCGAGGGUUAGAUCAUGCAGACUCGUUAGGUUUGAUAUUGAUAAGUACGAGGGUAAGGUACCUGGUCAACUGGCUGGUCAAUGCAUUCGGUAGUCUUCAUCAUCCACAUUCGGAAGAAGGGGUGCCUUUGGUUAGGGUUUAUGGGCCAAAAGUGAGGGUGGAUCGAGGUCCUGUGGUGGCUUUUAAUGUGUUUGAUUGGAAAGGUGAAAAGGUUGAGCCUACACUCGUGCAGAAGUUAGCAGAUAGACAUAACAUUUCUCUUAGUUAUGCGACUUUAAAACAUGUUAGUUUUGUGGACAAGAAUUGUGAAGAAAAGGAACGAUUAGUAGAGGUAAAGAACAUUGAGAAUGAAGGGCGUAAUAGCCCGAUGAACAAAAGGAAAGAGAAGAUAGAGAUAGGGAUACCUGUGAUCAUGGCUACAGUUGGGUUUUUGACAAAUUUUGAAGAUGUUUAUAGAGUGUGGGUGUUUGUUUCAAGGUUCUUGGAUGCAGAUUUUGUGGAGAAAGAAAGGUGGAGAUAUAUGGCGCUUAAUCGGACAACUGUUGAGGUUUAG